AUGACAAAGAACUUGAGAGAGGAAAACCGAUUUCACCAGAGCUCCUUCAUGCAAUUGAAGAAUCAAGAUCUGCGGUGUUGUUCUUCCAAAAACUAUGCACUUCCACGUGGUGUUUUAGAUGAACUUGUUCAAAUUGUUCAUUGCAAGAAUAUAAAAUUUUUUCCAGUUUUCUAUAACGUGGAUCCUCCAUGGUUUGAGUCACAAUUUAUUCAAGACAUUUUGAAGGAAAUAUCAAGUAAAUUAAGUUUUUCAAAACACCCAAGUGUUGAGGGCCUAGUAGGCAUAGAUUCACGUUUCAAGGAACUAAAGAAAUUUUUAAGUCCUGAGUCAGAUGAUGUUCGUAUGGUUGGGAUUUGUGGAAUGGGAGGAAUAGGCAAGACAACAAUUGCUAGAGUUGCCUAUGAAAUGUUUUCUGAUGAAUUUGAAGGUAGCAGUUUUUUGGCUAACGUUAGAGACAUUUCUGAAAGAAGUGGUCAAGUUUCUGUACAAAAGUUGCUUCUUUCCGAAAUUCUAAAGAUGAAAAUAGAUGACAUCAACGUAUACAAUGACUUUGAUGGAAUAAGGAUGAUAAGAAGUAGGUUGGGGUGUAAGAAGGUUCUUAUUGUUAUAGAUGAUGUGAACAAUCUAGAGCAAUUAGAAAAAUUAGCUGGCAAGCAUGAUUGGUUUGGCAAGGGUAGUAGGAUCAUAAUAACAUCAAGAGACAAAGGAUUGUUGAAAUCCCAUGGAGUAGAGAGAGUUUAUGAGGCUGAGAAAUUAAAUGAUGAUGAAGCCCUCCAAUUAUUCAUUUCAAAAGCCUUUAAGAAACAUCAACCUUCAGAAAGUUUUAAGGAGCUAUCCAAACGUGUUGUACAAUAUGCUAGUGGUCUUCCAUUAGCUCUUAAAGUUUUGGGCUCCCUUUUUUGUGGAAAAGAAGUUCAUGUAUGGAAAGAUGCAUUGCAAAGACUAAAAAGAGAUUCUAAGAAAGAAAUAUUGGACGUGCUUCAAAUAGGCUUUGAUGGGUUGGAAGAAUCAGAGAAAAAAAUAUUCCUUGAUAUAGCAUGUUUCUUUAAUGGAGAGAAUAGAGAUUAUGUGACAAGAAUUCUUGAAAGUUGUGAUUUUUCUCCAAUUGUUGGAAUAGAUGUUCUAAUCGAUAAAUCGCUCAUAAAUAUUUUAUGUGACGAUAAAUUGCGGAUGCAUGAUUUGUUACAACAAAUGGGUCAACAAAUUGUUAAGAGGGAGUGCUCUGAAGAGCCUGGAAAACGCAGUAGAUUGUGGAUGGAAGCAGACAUUCGUCAUGUAUUGACAGAGAACACGGGAACUAAAGUUGUUGAAGGCAUAAUACUCAAUUUUUCUGAAGAAAAGAUCAAUUGUUGUCCUAAAGCAUUUUCAAAAAUGAUCAAUCUAAGAUUACUCAAGAUACGUAAUGUUCAACUUCCAAAAGGUCUUGAUUACCUUCCCAACAACUUGCGUUUACUUGAUUGGGAAGGAUAUCCUUUAGAAUCCUUACCACCAAAUUUGCAAUUGGACAAAAUUAUUGAGCUGAAAAUGGAUAAGAGCCAUGUUCAACAAUUGCAGCAGGGAAUAACUCCUUUCAACAAUUUGGAAUCCAUCAGUUUUGAAGAGUGUGAGUACGUAAUCAAAACACCAGAUUUCACAUUUGCCCCAAAUCUCAAAAAGGUGAUUCUUGAAAGAUGUACAAUGUUGCGUGAGAUUCACCCGUCUUUGUUGGUUCACAAAAAGAUUACUUAUUUGAAUAUGAUAUCUUGUGCGAGUCUUAUAACUCUACCAAACCAGAUUCAUAUGGAAUCUCUAGAAAAACUUGAUCUAUCUUUUUGCGGCAAAUUGGAGAAGUUUCCAGAGAUUGUAGGAAGUAUGGAUUGUCUAAGUUACCUUUCUUUAGACGUAACUGCUAUUAAAGUACUGCCAAUGUCAAUUGAACUUUUGAGUGGACUUGAAUAUUUUAGUUUGAUAUGGUGCAAAAAUCUUGUGAGUCUUCCAAUCACUAUAAAUGGUUUGAAAUCUCUUGAAAAUUUUUAUCUUUUUGGAUGCUCCAAACUUGAUAACUUGCCAGAGACUUUGGGGCAAGUUGAAAAGCUAUCGACACUUCAUGUAGGGGGAACUGCGAUAAGACGACCAAUGGAGUACAUUUUUCUUAUGAAGAAUCUUGCAUGGUUAGAUUUGGAUGGAUGCAAAAGACCGACUUUUAGAUUGCCCACUUUGUCAGGUUUGUGUACAUCUUUAACAAGAUUAAAUCUCGUUGACUGCAAUAUGGAGGAAGGGGAUAUUCCUAAUGACUUUUUCGAUAGCUUUCCUUCAUUAGGGGAAUUAAAACUAAGCAAAAACAAUUUUGUUUCACUACCUGAAAGCAUCAAUCAUCUUUCUAAGCUUGAACUUCUUCUCUUGAACGGUUGUAAGAGACUUCGAUCUCUACCAGAACUUCCAUCCAACCUAAUAUCUAUUAACGUAGAUGAUUGUGUUGCACUGGAAACAACAUCAAAUGCAUUAAGGUUAUGCUAUUCCACGUUGUCAGAAUUUUCAUGUCUAAACUGCUUGAAAUUGAUCUGCUGCAACAAUCAGGCAUCUUCAAUGCCCAGAGAAUUCCUUAAGGCAAUGUCAAAGCCAAGAAACAGAGAUUGGAUUCCUUCUCCGCCGAUUAAUGAAUUUGAGAUGGUUAUUCCUGGAAGUGAAAUUCCAGAGUGGUUCCAACAUCAGAGUGAGACUUCUUCAAUUAAAAUAGAAAGGCCUCUAGAUUCUUGUGAUAACGAGAUGGUGGGAUAUGCUGUCUGCUGUGUUUUUUAUGUCCAUGAGCAUCAGCCUAUCCCUAGUAAAGGUUAUUACAUGCCCACACAUGAGAUUGGCUGCAGAUUGACCAAUAUCCCUUCAUUUUAUGAACCUGCGAUUCGUUUUGAAUGUAAUUUGGGCAACGCUGUGUCAGACCAUCUUUGGCUGUUAUAUAUUUGUGCUGGAGAAGUCAAUCGACGUUUUGGUAAGCUUUCAUUUGCACCAUGUGGUCCAAGAUCAGAGGUGAAGAAGUGUGGGAAUCAAGAUUUUGUUGAGCUUUCAUUUGAACCAAGAGGUCCGGGAUCAGAGGUGAAGAAGUGUGGGAUACAUCCAGUAUAUAAGAAAGAAUUAAAAAAGUUGCAUGAUGAUUUUCUCGGAUCAACGGCGGAUGUUGACUGUGAUGGGGCAGAAGACGAAGAUGAGAUAUAUUUUUCAGCUGAUGAUGAACUGCCGGAACCUAAAAGAUUGAAGAGUCAUAAGAUUUAA